AUGCCUCAAUCAGGGCUAUAUUCUUUCCAAACAGAACCCUCAGCAGACCUUCUGCCCGGGUCAACGUGGGGCACAUCAGAAGGUGCACAGAACUUUCAAGAUCUACCAGACUCUGAGUCUUGCCAUUCAGGAGAAGCCGAGGAGUACAUUGUCACAUCAGGCCAGGCCACGCCCCGAGGAACCAGACUGGAGCGCUCUCAUGCCAAUGAGAACGCAUGGGCUUCUGGCCUUACUCCUGUGAUCCCUGGAGGACAUGCCAUGUCCCGGAUCCCUUCAAAUAUUUCAAACGGAUCCUCGCUGUCACAUUCGUCAAGAUUGUCCAGCUUGGAUGUCAGAGGUAACGUUUCCACUUUCAGGAACGGAUCCCAACUUCCUGGCCCCUUGGUUGGAGUCGACACAUCCUGCCUGUUCUUGGACACAGAUGCCAGCCUCAUGCCCCCUUCAGCAUACUGGCCCACCUAUGACCUGACCACUGGUCUGGAAUCACAGUUCUCCCUUAGCACCAGUCCCACUAUGCAUGUUGUUCCUUCCCAGAUGCAGUUUGGCCCUGACGCCAGUCUUCCUGACAACUCUUCCCCCGGAUCUUGGAACAGCUUUUCUAGCUCCAUCUCAAGGACAUCUUCACCUGCCACUAUUGAUGAGGCUUGGCUACAGUCGGCUCACCGUCCCCUGAGCCCUCACUCAUCACCUGAGCUUCCUUGCCAGUCCCCAAGUAGCAUUGGAAUUAAGAAUGAGAUGCCUGAGGAUUUGGUAGCUGCCAUUCCCUCUCUUGGUGAGAACCUCGGCCUCCCCGCCGCUUUUGGACCCCGCCGGGAUGGCGAAACUGCCCGGAACCAUGAAUUGUACAAGAGCGCCACCCCCAAGGAGGAUGGUCUCUACCACUGCCCCUGGGAGGGCGAGUCUUGCUGCAACCACCGCCCUGAGAAGCUCAAGUGCAACUAUGACAAAUUCGUGGACUCCCACCUGAAGCCUUACCGCUGCAAGGCCGAGGCCUGCGAGGGUGCCCGGUUCUCUUCCACCGCUUGCUUGCUCCGCCACGAGCGUGAGGCUCAUGGUCUCCAUGGCCAUGGUGACAAGCCUUUCCUGUGCCAGUAUGAGGGAUGCGAGCGCGGUGUUCCUGGAAACGGCUUUCCCCGCCAGUGGAACCUCAAGGACCAUAUGAAGCGUGUGCACAACGACCACGGCAGUGCUGGUGGAUCCCCACCUUCCACUGCUGCACCGCAAUCCACCAAGGGCCGCAAGAGAAAGACCGACAGCUCAGAGCCCCAGGGAGUUAGCCGCAAGGCCUCCCAGAAGAGCAUCCCCCCCAAGGAAAAGGCCCCUGCCGCCAAGCCACUCAUUGAGGAGUGGCUCGAGCAGCGAAAGGCCGUCGAGGACCUCCUUCGAACACUGGAGAAGCCCGAGGAUGCCAACAACCUUACCCAGAUCGGAGAGAUCCAGAAGCGACUCAACACCAUGGGUCAGAUGGCCGCCAAGGCCAGUGGAAUCCCCACACAGGACAUCAUUCCUGUCACCCAUGUCUCAUUCACCUCCACCAGCGGUUGA